UAGCAGCUACCCAUAGCGCCGUGUUUGGAUUCUGGGAACAAAUCAACAAAACUCCGUUGCUUAAAAAAAAAAUGAAUUGAACUCGGCAAACGGGCCUUGCGGCGCAGUCAUCUUCAUUCAUUCGUUGGGAAUGAUAGCUUGCAGGUCUCUCAUCGGAGUGGAGCGAGUUCUCAAGUUUACCAAUACUUAUGUGGCAUCAAGGUCUUAUUGCUUUCAGGGUCAGAGCGCUUAUCAUUGCUUAAGCUGCAAUUUUAUGAUGAGUGGUAGAAAGAAGAAAAUAUGUCUUGAAGACCAUAGCAUCAAACAGAAGAAAAUGAAUUAUAUCUGGAGACCAAUUGCCACCAAUGCUAGUUCUUGUGACGAAAGCUUGAUGAAGGAUGCACUUGUUGAGUCCGAAGAUGGAUGCAAAGUUCAAGAAACUGGCUGUAGCACAUCUAGCACUAUUUCAAAUGAACAUCUCACAAAGAUAGCUGCUGAAGCUAUGAGUGAAAUUGCUGAAUCAGAUACUAGUCCAAGCCAGUUGCUGGAUAAUGUUGAAAACAGAGUGCUAGAAGGAGAUUCAUCUGUCUCCACCGAAAAGCAUUCAAUUUCCGUGCUGGUUGGUGCUUCUCUAUUUCGUUUUAUUAAAGGAAAAGGGGGAUCCACACAGAAAAAGAUAGAAGAGGAUAUGGGGGUUAAAAUCAUAAUGCCUACUUCAAAAGAAGAGGAUUUUGUUACCAUUGAAGGCAUUUCAGUCAACAGCGUGAAUUCAGCUUCAGAGAAGAUACAGGCUAUAAUUGAUGAGACAGUUAAUAGUCGAAAUCUUGAUUAUUCACACUUCAUAUCCCUUCCAUUGGCCAUUCAUCCUGAGUUGGUUAAUAAACUCAUCAGUUUUCAGCAUUCAAUAUUGGGAAUUGGUUCUUGCAUGGAUGAGAAUACCUAUACUGAAUCUGAUUCCAAUGAGGAUGAGGGUACUACUACUGACACCAAAGAAGUGGACCAACUAUCCAAGGAAAAUUCCGGUGUUGCAGUUGAGCUUAAAGCUAAUGACAACAGUGAAUCGGUUAAAGUUAAUCUUACUAACAUACCCCUUGUCAGUUACGCACCUAAAGCAUCCAAGUCUUCCGCUCCAUCUGACCUGGGUAUUGACAAAUCCAUAUUCAUCAAGCCUAAAACAUUUCACCUUACAGUACUCAUGCUUAAGUUAUGGAACAACGAGCGAAUUAAGACAGCCUCUGAGGUUUUGCAGAGUAUCUCCUCAAAAGUUAUGGAAGCCUUGGAUAAUCGGCCUCUCUCUAUAAGAUUAAAGGGACUGGAAUGCAUGAAAGGUUCUUUGGCAAAAGCCCGGGUUCUGUAUGCUCCUGUGGAAGAGAUUGCCAGUGAGGGUCGUCUUUUACGUGCCUGUCAAGUCAUCAUUGAUGCAUAUGUUGAAGCUGGACUUGUCUUAGAGAAUGAUGCUAAACAGAAAUUAAAGCUACACGCCACUGUGAUGAACGCAAGGCAUAGGAAAAGGAACAAGAACACGUGGACAAGAAAGGUUGAUUCUUUUGAUGCACGGGGAAUAUUCAAGCAGUAUGGAUCAGAGGACUGGGGGCAGUAUCUUAUUCGUGAAGCUCAUCUUUCGCAGAGAUUUUCUUUCGAUGAAAAUGGAUACUAUCAUUGUUGUGCUUCAAUUCCUUUUCCUGAAAAUAUGCAGGUAGAAUGAUUGAUGUCUUGUUCAUUAUUGCCUCACUUUUGUGUGGAAUGAGGAGAAGGAUUUAAAUGGUAGCUUCACCAAAUAUACUAAACUUAUCUACCUGCAAAAGAAAUUGCCUGGGGUUUAGAUCAAUUUUUAGUUAGUGUUCUGCUCAACAAUUGAUAUGGCCUCUUUGUAGACUUCAACUUCCUAACUGGUGGUAGUUUAUCGCUGAUUGUUUAAGGAAUAAACAAGUUUCACAUCUGUUUUGUUUAAAA